UGGCGUGGGGCUAGUUCGCCGCGCACCCUGAAACUGUCGACAUCGCCUGACAUCGAUUUCACAAGCUCAUGUCGAAGAACAGCAUGUUCCAAAAUCUGGCCAAGGAUUAUGCGAAAUUCAAGCGCUAUGUGAAAUGGCUGUAUGUGCUUUACGAGCUGAACACACAGAUCGCCAUCUGCGAGCCCUGGGAGAAGGUCUUCCUGAAUGUCCUUCUGGGCAGCUGCGUCUCCCUGAUCCUGUAUGCAACCUUUGCCUUUGUGCCGAGCUAUUGUGUGACUGUUUUCCACCUACUGUGGCCCCAGACGAUCGUGCAAAAUCUCACCAGCCCAUGCAGUUCGAAUUUGGAGGGCUUUUGUGGCAACGAAAGUGGAGCAGUAAUCACGUAAUUUUAGUUUAGCUUAUCAUAAUCAAUAAAUAAUUUAAAACGUAA